CAUAGAAAGAUGCAUCAAUAGUUUCCAUAUAAAUCUGUUUUCAAAUAAAAAUGUAUGGGGGUAUGGAGCAGUGGGACAGUCCCGAUCCCCAGGAGGACACUGACAGCUACUUGGAAUCUGUGAGGUUCGAUGCUCGCUCAAUGACAACUUUGCUUCCUCUGAAUCCUAAAAAUGGCCCUGACCUUCAAGAGAAGCUGAAGUCCUUCAAGACCGCACUGAUUGUCCUCUACCUCCUGGUGUUCGCAGUGCUCAUCCCUGUCGUUGGAAUAGUGGCAGCUCAACUCCUGAAGUGGGAAACGAAGAAUUGCAUGGUUGACUCAAUGACUGUGAGUGGUAGAUGUCAAAGCCUCCCAGGAAAAGGAAACAGCAGUGGAAUGAGAUUUCAAGAUGCUAUGGAACACGUGAGCAACAUGGAGGAGAGAAUCCAACAGAUUUCAGAUAUGCAAGCCAAUCUCAUAGAUUCUGAGUGUUUUCAGAACUUCAGUGUGACCACCGAUCAAAGAUUCAGUAACGUUCUUCUCCAACUAAGCACCUUGGCUUCCUCAACCCAGGGACAUGAAAAUGCAGUAGAAGAGCUCUCCAGGUCCUUAGUCAGCUUGAACACCACGUUGCUUGAUUUGCAGCUCAAUAUACAGACAAUGAGUAGUAAACUUCAACAGGAUACAUUUAAGCAACGAGAGGCAAUCGGUAAAUUAGAGGCACGUGUCCACAAUGCUUCAGCAGAAAUUGCGUCUCUGAAAGAAGAACAAGUGCGUUUGGAACAGGAAAUAAAGGGAGAAGUGAAAGUACUGAAUAACAUCACCAAUGAUCUCAGGCUGAAGGACUGGGAACAUUCAGAGACGUUGAGAAAUAUCACUUUGGUUCAAGGUCCUCCUGGACCCCCAGGUGAAAAAGGAGAUAGAGGUCCCACUGGAGAAGUUGGUCCACCGGGCGUUCCAGGUCUAAUAGGUUCUCCAGGACUUAAAGGUGAUCGGGGCGCAAUUGGUUUUCCUGGAAGUCGAGGAGUCCCAGGAGCAGCAGGGAAGAUGGGAAGGCCAGGAUAUCCUGGACCAAAAGGCCAGAAGGGGGAGAAAGGGAGUGGAAGCACACCAAGACCAGUAGAAACUCCCUGAUCGUAUUAGGGCAGGGCCCUGUUAAGAUCAGAGGGGUUGGGCGGGACAGUCUCUGCUACCACCUCAUUAAAAGGCCCUCCUCCUGUGGACAAGUCGCCAGCAGCUACUUCCAAGAUCCCUGUGGCUCCUACAAACAACCUUGGUUCCCCGUCAUGCCUGGCUUCACAUGGCUUCCUCUCCCUGCUGGGUGCUGUUGGGCUCAUGUUUACAUCUUCCCUACUCCAGGGAUGACCCCACUACCACUCCCACACCCAGCAGCUGGGCCUGGACACCUCUGAACUGACUGGUGGGCUACUCCAACCAGUCCUUGACAUCGGGCCGCAAGCCCUCUGCUGUCUGCAUGCUUAGGUUUUUGGAGUAAUCUCAUAGAUUCUGAUCAUAUAUGAGGUUUUUUUAACAUUCAGAAUAUAAUUCCCAGGCAGAGGUAAGGACGGCAAAGAAGAAAAUAAUUUGCUUAUUCAUUGGUUCACUUAUUCAGCACAUGUGUAUUCUCUAUCUUCUUGAUCUGGACACUUAGAUGUAAAGCAGAGCUGAUUCUUCCUUAGAGACAGAGACAAAUAGACAAAUACCAGCGCUAUACUGAAGAACAGGACUAUAUAGCUAGUCAGAGGAGAUGAAGAUUUUUAAAAAUUUCUUUAGAUAUUUAAAACUUCCUUUUGAUUUUUUUUAGUUUAGCUUUCUGUCUUCCGAUUCUCCAAAUCACAUCUUUUCUUGUUUUAUUUUUUGUUUGCUUUUGUUUGGUUUGGUAUGGUUUGCUUUGUUUGGUUUUGUUUUAAAGUGAGGUCAAGUCGAGCUUGAACAAUUUAUUCAGCAUAUUUGAACAAGCAAUAAAAAUUCGUUUACUUAAGUUACCCGGCCAUUUCCAAUGAAAACAUUUUGAUCAUGAAAAAAUAAUUUAAAAAUAAUGCUGAUAAUUUUUUUCCAAAAGUCUAUCUUCAUGUUAUGCUUUGAAUAUACAAUGCAGAUCUUGGAGAAGCAUUUAAAUAGAUCAUUUGUGUAGGUAAAAAAAGGAAAGAAAAUGAGAAUAGAGAAAGGUAAGAAAGGACGGAUUUUAAAAGAAGGAAUCAAAAAACCCUAGGUUUCCAUGUUACCUUGAAUGUCUCUGAAGACUGAAGGGACACACUCUUACAAUUCUCAUUUCUCAUUUCUUUCAAGUUCUAAGACAUUGCCUUGGGUUCCCCCCGUUAGGUCAUAGCAGAAUGGCGCAUAGUGUGUCUAUGUGGGUCUCACCAUUACCGUUUCUUCUGUAGAGUGGACGUGUUUACACCUACCUCACAGGGUUGUUGUGAGGGUCAAAUACGAUUGUGCAGGUGAAAAUGCUCUGUAAAGUCCCAAAGUGCUUUGAAGACUUAGGAGUAUGGCAAACAGUGGUCUCUCCGAACAGUAACUGCUGUUUCUUGCUGCCACAAUGCAGACGUGUUUGUAAAUUUACUUAUUUCAUGAGAGAGAGAGAGAGGAAGAAAGACAGGGACCCUGGAUAGAGUCCUGUUGCACCAUGAUCCUCUCCGUAAGCCUUCCAGCCAUCCAGGAUCGUGGGUGCACCCGGCAAGCUUAUAUCGACUUGAGAUCUGAACCCCGGAUCUUCCCAUAUGUCUCCCAUGUUGCCCACUGGUGCCCUACAGCCCAUGCCCCCAAUGCAGACACUUUAAAUCUGUAAUCAGUAUAGAAGUGAAAGAAAAAUGAAAAUGCAAGAAGCUAAAUAAAUGUGGUGGGCAGGAAAAGAGAUGCUCAAGGAUAAGACUAGAGUUUGUGGCAGGCAGAGCAAGCCUGACCAGCUUGCAGCUCCGGGAGUUGGUCUGAGCUGUGUAGACAAACACUAGUUAUAAAGAGUAGGACUAUACGGAGCACACACUAGAAGCCAGACAUUGUCAGCAGAGGUUGCAACCAAGGGUUGGGUUUGUCAAACAAGAGUCCAGAUUCUGAAAGACAAAGUGUGAGCCCAAGAUGCUGUUGAUGAGAAAAUUCCAAGAGGGGUUGAAACAAAUUGAGUAACAACGGUACUCUGGGUUUGUGGUCCUGUGACUCCAAAGCCUCCAAGGAAAAGAGAGAGGAGGGGAGACCAUCCAGAGAUCCACAUGGUUCUCACCAUGAGCAAACUAGCAACACCAAGCAUCCAGCGAUAAGUUGGAGCUCUGUCCAUGGUUUAAUUUGAUGGGUUUCCUAUCCCACUCCUCCCUGGAGGACAGGGAGAGCAUGGGAACUCUUCUUGUGCCAACGAACCUUGGCCCACACUGGCCCCAAAAUGACCUUGAUCUCAGGGAUCCUGGGAGACGAUUCCAGGGGAUUCGGUUCUCGAGUCAGCUGACGUCCUUGCUUGAACACAGAUUGUAAAAUACUAACCCAAGCUUUCCAAACUAGGGGAGAAAGCCUUCUUGUCUCUUGAGACAAAGGUAGAUACCAAAUGUCCAGUUCACGUGAACAAAUUGUAUCACUUUUAAUAAUGCAUAAUAAAGAGAAAAGAAGUCCA